AUGGAAAAUAUAACGGUUGGUAUCAUUGGGAUGGGUGACAUGGGGAAGAUGUAUGCUCGGAGGAUUGGUGCUGCUGGCUGGAGAGUAAAUGCCUGCGACAAGCCCGAGAAAUACGAUUCCUUGAAUGAUGAGUUUGCUGACAGCAGCAAUGUGCAAAUAUUCCAUGACGGCCGUCUCGUUUCACGGUCAAGCGAUGUCAUCCUGUACAGCGUUGAAGCAGAGGCCAUCGGUCGAAUCGUGAGCCAAUAUGGACCUUCGACCAAGCAAGGCGCCAUUGUCGGCGGCCAGACUUCUUGUAAAGAAAUCGAGAUAGCUGCCUUCGAAGCUUACUUGCCUGAAGACGUCCAGAUCAUCUCCUGCCAUUCCUUGCAUGGACCCAAGGUCGAUCCCAAGGGUCAGCCUCUCGCAUUGAUUAAGCAUCGCGCAUCACAACAAAGUCUUGCUUUGGUCGAAAAAAUCCUCUCUUGCUUAAAUUCUAACGUUGUCUAUCUUACGGCCCAGCAGCAUGACCAAAUUACAGCAGACACACAGGCUGUCACUCAUGCCGCAUUCCUGAGUAUGGGCACCGCAUGGUGCUCCAAUAAUCAGUUCCCUUGGGAGAUCAGUCGCUAUGUCGGUGGUAUUGAGAACAUCAAAUGCAAUCUCAUGCUUCGUAUCUACUCAAACAAAUGGCAUGUCUACGCCGGUCUUGCGAUUCUGAACGCUGAGGCCAAAAAGCAAAUCCGGCAAUAUGCCGAAUCCGUGACUGAGCUCUUCAAGUUGAUGCUCGGCGGCCACCGAGAAGAGCUUGAAAAACGCAUCAAGACUGCUGGUGCUGCUGUAUUCGGCUCCGGUCAGAAAGAUCUACUCUUGAGAGACGAGGUUCUGGAUCGUUUCUCGCUUGGGAAGGUGCCAAAGGAGAGGACACCAAACAAUCAUCUAAGUCUUUUAGCCAUGGUCGACUGCUGGUGGAAAUUAGGCAUCGUACCCUACGAUCACAUGAUCUGCUCUACACCUCCUUUCCGUCUCUGGCUCGGAGUCACCGAGUACCUCUUCCGCAAGCCUCAGCUCCUCGAAGAAGUCAUCAGCACCGCUAUUGAUGACAAUACUUUUCGUUCGGACGAUCUAGAGUUUACGUUUGCCGCUCGCGGAUGGUCGGACUGUGUCUCCUUUGGCGAUUUUGCAUCUUAUCAGGAUCGCUUCGAACGCAUCUCGAAAUACUUUGAGCCUCGAUUUCCGGAAGCAACUCGCAUAGGUAAUGAGAUGACCAGUGUCAUCUUAGAGAAGACUUGA